AUGUCGACUAAAGUGAAGGCCGACUUCGUCAAAUUGACCACACCUAACGGUUUUACAUACCAACAACCUACAGGACUAUUCAUCAACAAUGAGUUUAUCAAAUCGGAAAACGGAGAAACGAUCUCUGUCGAAGACCCUGCAACCGGCAAAAAACUCGUUGACGUACAAUCAGGCACCAAGGAAGACACCAACUACGCCGUGGACUGCGCAGACAAAGCUUUCAAGUCUUCGUGGUCUACGCAAGAUCCCAAGGAAAGAGCUCGUGUCAUGUUCAAGCUGGCCGAUCUCAUGGAGCAGAAAAAAGACCUCAUUGCUUCGAUCGAGUCCAUGGACAACGGUAAGGCCCUCAGACUGGCCAAGGGAGACGUGCAGAUCUCGAUCGACUUCAUUCGCUCCUCUGCCGGCUUGGCAGACAAGUUGGAUGGCAGAAGCAUAAACACAGGCGACGGCUACGUCAACUACACAAUCAGAGAGCCUGUCGGUGUUUGUGGCCAGAUUAUCCCAUGGAACUUCCCACUAAUGAUGUUGUCUUGGAAAAUCGCUCCUGCUUUGGCUGCUGGUAACACCCUUGUCAUGAAGCCCGCCUCCCCAACACCUUUGAACGCCCUGUUUUUCGCUUCUCUUUGCAAAGAAGCCGGUAUCCCUGCCGGUGUGGUGAACAUCAUUCCUGGACCGGGUAGAGGUGUCGGUGAAACUUUGACCACUCACCCUAAGAUCAGAAAGAUUGCUUUCACAGGAUCCACCGGUACUGGUAAAGGUAUUGCCGUCAAAGCCGCAGAGUCCAACUUGAAGAAGGUCACUUUGGAAUUGGGAGGCAAAUCAGCUCACUUGGUUUUUGAUGACGCUGACUUGGACAAGACCUUGCCAAACUUGGUAAACGGUAUUUUCUUGAACGCUGGUCAAAUUUGCUCGUCGGGUUCCAGAAUCUACGUUCAAGAAGGCAUUUACGACAGACUACUUCCAGCUUUCAAGAAAUACGUUGAAGAAAACGUCACAGUUGGUUCUCCUUUCGACGAAUCAAAGUUCCAAGGUGCCAUCAACAAUAAGAUGCAGUUCGACACCAUCAUGAAGUACAUCGCAAUCGGCAAAGAAGAAGGUGCUAAGGUCCUAACCGGUGGCGAAAGCGUUGGCCAAGACGGUUACUUCGUCAAGCCAACCAUCUUUUACGAUGUUAAUGAAGACAUGAGAGUUGUCAAGGAAGAGAUUUUUGGCCCUGUGGUUACCAUAUCCAAAUUCAAGACCAUUGAAGAUGGUGUGGCCAUGGCUAAUGACUCUGAAUUUGGUCUAGGAUCAGGUAUCCAGACCCAAAACGUUACCACAGCUUUGAAGGUCUCCAAGAUGUUGAAGGCCGGAACUGUGUGGAUCAACACCUACAACGACUUCCACUCUGCAGUCCCAUUCGGUGGUGUGAAGCAAUCGGGUUACGGCAGGGAAAUGGGUGUUGAAGCCUUUGAAGCAUACACAUCGGUCAAAGCCGUCAGAAUAAAGCUCGAGUGA